GAUCCGUUCCGUACCAAUCAAAUUGUAUCAGACAGUGUGGAUGAGCGAGGAAGAUAGAGAAAAAAGACACACAACACAACGCAAACAAGGAGCACCUUCCACUCUCUUCUCUUCUCUUCUUGGUACGGGCGCACAAACCGAGGCAAAUUUUUGCCCUUUUCUCUGUCUUGUCUAUUAUUUUAUGUUUGUUUCAGUGUAUUAGUUUAUUUCAUUUGUUUAAAGUUUCAUGUUGUGAGUAUUCUUUGCUUCCUCAAGUGGGAACUUUUGCUGAUGACGGAGAAAGGGAAAUUAGAAGGGGUUGAGAAAGUGGAAAUCCCUAUGAGGGAUUAGAUUUCUGGGGUUUGACCGAAGUUUGGUGGUGACCCAGUUUUUGACUCAGGAUCUCAUGGGUUGAAAACAAAGAGGGGAAAACAGUGAAUUGAUGGGGAGUUAUAGUGAAGAGCGUGAGGAUCAAUUUUAUGAUACCCGUGAGGACCUGUCUUCUGUUUCGGAUUGGGGUUCAGAUGGUUGUGAUGAAUUUAGUUCUAGUACUUCAGGUUUCUUGAGGUAUGAUGAGGUUUGGGCUAAGAACCUGGAUAGUGUUCAUGAGCGCCGCCAUAAGUUCCUGCAAUGGAUGGGUUUAGAUUUGAAUCGGAAUUUAAUCAUGGAAGAAGAAGCAGGAGAUGACUGUGCUGAAAAAAUUGAACUGAGUAUUGAUAGAAUAAAAGAAGAUAGCUGUGUGGUGUUGAGAACUUCGGGAUUGGAAGAGGCGUCUUGCUCAAGCCAGUCCACAGCAUCUGCUCUGUCAAAUGAAGCUCGGGAGUCCCUAGGAAAUGGUGCUUUGGAUGAGAAUUUUGGAUGUGCAGUGAGGACUUUAAAUCAGAGAAUGGAUAUCAUUGUGAAUGAAUUGGGUCAGGAUGGAAGGCUUUGCAGAUUAGGUCAAGUGGGACUAAAUCAAUUGGUUAGUGUUGAGGAGAUUCAUACAAACCAUGCACCAGCACCAUCUCCUUCAAUUCAGCAAUUGUUGCAGAGAGAAGUUGAUAAUGCUAGGUUCUUUCUUGAUGCGAAAAAGAAAGUUAAAAGGGGAUGGUUAAGGAAAUUAGGAAUUGGGAUGUGCGUUGUUGAUAAACAUGAGGCUGCAUUGAGCCCCAUCAGUCUUAAAUCUGCAUCAGGAACAGGUAUGCGAAGAGUCCGAGUUUAUCCAAGUAAAAAACGGACCAAAGAACUGUCUUCACUUUAUGCUGGGCAAGAUUUUCCUGCUCAUGAAGGUACAAUUUUGUCCAUGAAGUUCAGUCUUGAUGGGAAAUACUUGGCAAGUGCUGGUGAAGAUGGUGUUGUGCGCGUGUGGAAGGUGAUCGAGGAUGAGGGAUUCAACAAAUUUGAUAUUUCUGGUGAUCCUUCUUCUUUAUACUUCAAAACAAAUCCGUUUUCUAAGUUAGACUCUCCAAAUGUGGAUAAAGAUAAGGCACAGAGAUUGAGAUCAUCGGACUCAACAUGUGUCAUUUUUCCUCCAAAGAUAUUCCGUUUAUUGGAGAAGCCUGUUCAUGAGUUUCGGGGACACAGCAGGGAGGUCUUAGAUCUCUCAUGGUCAAAGAAAGGGUUUCUGCUCUCAUCCUCUGUUGAUAAGACAGUUCGUCUAUGGCAAGUAGGAUGUGACAGAUGCCUGAGAGUUUUCUCUCACAAUAAUUAUGUGACAUGUGUUAAUUUCAACCCUCUGGAUGAUAAUUACUUCAUCAGCGGUUCAAUAGAUGGAAAAGUUCGCAUCUGGGAAGUUAUUCGUUGUCUGGUUGUUGAUUAUAUUGAUGUUCGUGAGAUAGUCACUGCUGUAUCUUAUCGUCCUGAUGGAAAGGGAGGAAUCGUCGGUUUUGUGACUGGAAACUGCUGUUUUUAUAACAUCAUAGAUAAUCAUCUGGAGUUGGAUGCUCCGAUAAGCAUACAGGGCAAGAAGAAGUCACCUGGAAAACGGAUAACUGGCUUUCAGUUUUCUCCAAGCAACCCAAGCCAAGUUAUGGUGACUUCUGCUGAUUCAGUAGUCCGUGUAAUUUAUGGGGUUGAUGUCGUCUGCAAAUUUAGGGGUCUUCGAAAUGGUGGAAACCAUAUGUUAGCAUCUUUUACCUCAGACGGAACGCACAUUGUCUCAGCAAGCGAGGAUUCAAAUGUUCGCAUCUGGAACUAUAAUAGCCAGGACAUGACCUCUUCACGACCGAGGAACAUAUGGUCUUGUGAGAGUUUUGUGUCCCACAACUCAAUGAUUGCUAUACCUUGGAAUGGUGUGAACAUCAUUCCAGGAACACUUCCAUCCCCUAGAUUCACUGGGGACAUGCCGGGAAGUUGCCUUGAUAAUCAGCUGAAGCAUCUCAGUUUCGAUGAGAAAGUAGAACAGAAAAUGCACCUCUCUUCACCCGAUUGCUUCUCUUUGGGUCGUGGGUUUUUGUUGGAGGCCUUGCCAAAGGGCACUGCAACUUGGCCUGAGGAGAAACUUGUAAAUUCUAGUCCGGUGGCCGUCUCCCCAACAAUGUGUAGAUCCGACUACAAAUUUUUGAAGAGUGCUUGUCAGAGCAUGUCUGGUCCUAAUUUGUGGGGCCUUGUGAUCGUCACUGCCGGCUGGGACGGACGUAUUAGAACCUACCACAAUUACGGUACACCUAUUCGUCGUUAAAAUCCCCAAAGACGGACAGUGAUUAUGCAUCCUUGCAAUCACCGCUGGUAUUGGCUAAAUAAUUCUUGGUGCUUGUACAAUGCAGUAUCAUUGACAGUUUGCCUAGUGUGCACCCUUGAAGUGCACCCUUGAAGAUUACCAAAUGUAUUGUAGUCCAGUCAGGUCAUGCCAGGCGGCAACAGUGAUCCAAUUCACCUGCAGUCCCACCAGGUGUCCACAAGCGGCUGGUGGAAUUGCUUUUUUGUAUUGGAACAUCUUAUACAAGUAAAAUUUAUAUGAUUCUUUAAUUUGUUGGUUUUUCA